AUGCCUUCGCCUCUCCCUCCAAAUCCAUUCGACCCACCCUCCCAUGAACACGCAGCAUACGAAUCCUGCCUCACCCUCGAAGUCUCUGGUCCUUGGGAGACUUCUGAAUCUGUGGCCAUGUUCAGGUUCAGCCCACAAGUCAUGGCUCGAGUCCUAGGUUACGCACUUAUCCAUCACCCUUCGAGUUCUAUGGCCAUGGGGCGAGAGAUAUCAAGUUGUGGUGAUAACGCCAAGUUGAUGGCGGGGUUGGGGUAUUUGUAUGUUAUGGGCGUGAUUAGGAUGUUCAAAAAACAUCCCAAGGCAUCCGUUCAUAGCUCCCAACCAGAGUCACCACCAGACAGCAUCCUUCCAAGUUUGCCGCAAUCUAGUCCAAGUGAUGCGAAAACUCUAGUGAGCAAAGAGCGCUGUUCAGGGAACAUGGACACUGCCAGUCUUCGCAAUGACCUGACAACGAUCUAUUUAGCUGCUGGGGAGAGGAAGACGGAUAUGGAACCGGGGCAUAUAUUCAAGAUGCAGGACCAGGACCAGGGCUAUAUAGGAGGAGGACUGAUAGAUGCACUGAGUUGGGCAUCUUCUGCUUCUACCGUUCUCGAGCGACUAGCCGGAAGCUCAGUCCCAGAGCUCAAUCAGAACAAGGCGGAGAAUACCUUCACGAUAUCGCCUAACCUCCAUGGUCCGUUUGACUGGCUCGGGAUCUCCCUUCAUCCAAUCGAUCAGGAUAGCAAUACGUACGAAAUCCACACCUACCCUCCCUCCGAGAAUGCCGAGUACGGUGUCUCCGACAGAGUGAUCCUCACUGGACAGAUCCCCCUUCCCAGCCGUCGUUAUCUCGUGCUCCACGAUGCUUGUGCGAAGAUUGUGUAUCUCUCAGGUGCAGGGGAGGUCAUGGAGCGGUUGUUCUGGGAUAUGGGGAACGCACGGGUCUUGGCGGAGGGUGGGGGGGACCGGGGUCUUUUGGCUUUGGCCCUGUUUCGUUCCAGCAAUUUGUAA